AUGACCAAGGAUCUGGCCCCGCAACUGGAGCACGUUUGCGAUAAUUUUUAUGUAUGUGCCGAUAUUACUGUUACCGUUGAUGUGCGCCGGUUAGAAAUUGAAGAUACUGAACUCACAAUACAUAAACAUUUAUCCCAUGCCCGCCAAUGGCUAAAAUAUGCAGAUUGGCAAAAAACUUUUUUACUUCUUUAUCAGGUAGCCAAGUUAGUAAAAUCCAAGGAGAGAUUAGUCAACUUUAUUGAAACCCUUUUUGUAUACCAACCACAAACAACUGUACAGCUCGCUCAUUUAGUGCGACUUACUAAGAGGGUAGUUCUGUCUCUGGAACCUCUUGAUGAUAUGGACGUCAAUGUCAUCGCACGGAUGCUUCAAAUGAUUUCGUCUACGUUUAGAUUAAUAAUAAGCAGUAAUGAACUAAAUACAUUAAUGGAUAACUACUAUGAUACGAUGGUAAAUGAAUUAUGCGACAUUCUUAAUAAAUUUAAUGCUGAGUGGGAAUAUAUUCCAAAAUCUCAAUGUCGGGCAGAGUCAGAAUCUUGCUUGAAUAUUGACAAUUUUAGAAACAGAUUAGAGCAAAUGUCUACUCUUCGGCCACAGGGCUUAGAACAUAUAAAUAAUUGGUUGCAUGCACAUUGGAAACUAAGUAGUUGUUUAUUUUAUAUGGGAAUGGGAACUGCGCGGCGUCUUCAUCCAGAGGAAGGGCCAAAACUUAUUGUUCGAUCAACGUUUAAUAUGCGGAUGGAAAGUUUUGAUCUGGACCAAGAACGGAACAUUGAAUUUGAGUCAGCCGAUGCAAUGCAUACUCUUAUAUUUACUGACAAACUUCUUCAAGAGUUAAGACGACGUCUCCAAUCAGAUGAAGUUCUACUUUCGGUUCGAAGUCAUAAACAAAGUCAAUACUGGUGGUAUCCAGAACAAGAAUCGACUACUCAAGUUCUGGUUGUUAACGCAUACACCACUAAUGCAAUCUGGCAAAAAACUCAAGAGAUUCUUGAACCUUUUCAAUAUAUUUCUAAAUUAAAAAUGAAUUUUUCGGCUGGUGAGACUUUUAGUGAUGAAUCUAAUAUCCAGAUUUUCCCUCGUGGUAUAGAUUUAGAUGACCCAGAGGAGGAUGUGGAAAAUGUUAUUCACGAUAAUGUUUAUAGCCCAUCCGAGGUUCGUAUGUAUAGAACCGAAUUAUAUGGACACUCCGUACUAGGAGUCACUUUUACUCAAGCAGACAUAGACUAUCAUGUGCUAAUGCGAAUGACUAAUGUACCUAAGCUUGAAGAUAUGCAGGUUCUGGAUUCUACUUGCCGGGUUAGAACUGGAGGCCAACAACCAACCACGAUAUUGCUCAGAAACCGAUGUGAAAAAUCGCGACCUGUAUAUAUAUACCUUCGAGCCGCGAAUUUGACAGAACCUUUGAGCUCCUUUGACCAGAAUGGUGCCUAUUUUGCAUUUUCUACUGAAAUAAGAAGCUGCCGAAUUUGGAAUUAUGCUCGGCCCGAACCAAGCUGGCAAAAUUUUGCCUGCAUGCCCGAAAUGAACCGAAGCGUAUAUUUUGGUAUACAUUGCAAGUGUAACUUUAUUAGCGAUUUCGAUGCUGACGCAAUGCCAAUAAUUGCAUUGCCAAUGAAUCUCAAAUGUCAUUUAGAACGUCCUGUAGUAGAGCCAAAUUAUCAAAUGAUAAUAUUUUAUAUAUGUAUUACUAUCUCUGGAGUCGUUUACAUUUUUUUUAAUAUGAAAAAAAUAUCCGACUGGGAUAGAAGAUUAUAUGUCGAACAAUAUAUAACAAGUGAUCCAUGCUAUCGUGGUGAUAUGGUAUUGAGGUUCACUUUUGGGGGAAGAUACAAUGCUGGCACGUCUGCGAAUAUUAUAUUUUCAUUUAAAUAUUCGAAUGAAAUAUCCCAAAUUAUAGUAUAUCAAGAUCCCAUUUAUCGAACAUUUCAAAGAAAUUGCACUAUUUCUUUUCGAAUUUGUCGUCAACUUAUUCCGUUACCAUCUGCAAUAGUAAUACGUCAUGAUAAUUCGGGAAUUUAUCCUCAUUUUUUUUGCCGUUCCAUUAUAAUAAGUGAUAUAGUGAGCGAACGUACACAAUACUUUCGCUUUCAGCAGUGGGUGCGAAAAUCUCAUUUAGACCCAUAUCAUAAGACGGACAAAACUUUUCCCCAUUCAAUAACUGCAGAAAAAUUAUCUUAUACAUGGAAAAUAAGAUUUUCAAACGCAAUGGAAGGUUACAUGGGUAAUUGGUAUUUAUUUCAGCCGAUUAUUGGGCCAUGGCGAUUCGGCACCGAUCGAAGUGCAUUUUGUAGGUGGGAAAGAAGCUGCAUAUUUAUGGCUAAAUUAUUUAUUUCUAUUAGCAUUGUCAUAAUUUUCUUUGGUCGAACGGAACCAAUAGCUUGUGACCCUAGUCCAAGGAAAUAUAAUGAUAUCGAUGUAGUUGUAUGGCUUUGCUUGGUAUGCUUCCUAGUUAGUUGUUUCAUUCAAUCGUCGAUGGAACUUUUUCUCAGGAUGAUUGAAAUCUAUGACUUUCUAUAAAA